AUGGUACAGGCAGAGUCUUCCUCCGCUGCUGCAAAGAACGGCUUACGAGCCACCGCUGCAGGGGCUCCUCCAGACUACGAAUUGCCCUGGGUCGAGAAAUACAGACCUGUGCUCCUUGACGAUAUCGUUGGAAAUACAGAGACGAUAGAACGAUUGAAGAUAAUCGCCAAAGAUGGGAACAUGCCUCAUGUCAUUAUCUCCGGCAUGCCUGGUAUCGGAAAGACGACUUCGAUAUUGUGUCUAGCAAGGCAGUUGUUGGGGGAUUCAUACAAGGAGGCUGUUUUGGAGCUUAAUGCUAGUGAUGAAAGAGGUAUCGAUGUUGUGCGGAACCGGAUAAAGGGAUUCGCGCAGAAGAAGGUCACACUACCGCCUGGCCGACACAAGAUUGUGAUCCUUGAUGAAGCUGAUAGCAUGACCCCCGGCGCUCAGCAGGCCCUGCGUCGGACUAUGGAAAUAUACUCCGCAACGACCCGUUUCGCCUUUGCUUGCAACCAGUCGAACAAGAUCAUCGAGCCAUUGCAGUCGCGAUGCGCUAUCCUUCGCUACGCUCGUCUGACGGAUGCGCAAGUGGUGAAACGACUAAUGCAGAUCUGCGAAGCUGAGAAGGUGGAAUACUCUGAGGAUGGAAUUGCUGCAUUAGUCUUUAGUGCCGAGGGAGAUAUGCGUCAAGCCAUCAACAACCUCCAGAGUACCUGGGCGGGUUUUGGCUUCGUCAGUGGAGACAAUGUUUUCAAAGUCGUGGAUAGCCCGCACCCGAUCAAGGUUCAGGCCAUGAUUAAAGCUUGCUGGGAGUGCAAGGUAGACGUCGCUCUGGAAGCUCUCAACGAGCUAUGGAACCUUGGCUACUCGUCGCAUGAUAUCAUAAGCACCAUGUUCCGUGUCACGAAGACGAUACCGACCCUCUCGGAACACUCAAGGCUGGAGUUUAUCAAGGAGAUUGGAUUCACACAUAUGCGCAUCCUAGAGGGCGUGCAGACGCUGCUUCAGCUGAGCGGAUGCAUCGCCAAGCUUUGCAGGAUCAACAUGAAACCACAGUUAUUUGAGCCUAAAAACACGCCCGCCGUAGCAAUUGAUACGAAUUGGCAUCCUCCUAAAUCGACAGCUGUUAAUAACUUGGAUACAGCUCUCAAUAGCACAGGUGUUUAUGGCUUCAUAUUCAAUUCAUCCGAGACGCCCGCCAAGCUCUAUGGCCGCUAUAAUUGGUGCAAUAUGCCCCAUGUCAGAAAGGAGGAAUAUAUCCAAGCUCCAAAAGAGUACGAGCUGGCGUACGUCGAGGUGAUCCAUCGUCACCACAAAAGAACUCCAUAUCAGUCUAACACGUUCCCGGUGGAAUCGUACCCCUGGAGUUGCGACGAUGCAAGUCUGUUCUAUUACGGGGAUCCGAGCCCCGGACAUGAUGCAGCGUUCACUUACUGGAAGAUCUACGAGACUUCGUUGAAUCCCUUCAGCGUUUCAGGAUUCAAUGGCACUUGCUCCUUCCCGCAGAUCACCAACGGUGGCCUGGCAGACUCAUGGCAGCAUGGUCGAGAUCUUUAUGAAGUGUAUCAUGACGUUCUGCACUUUCUUCCAUCCCAUUUCGACGAGGAAAGUGUCUCGUUCAGAGUAACCACAAAUCAGAUCACAAGCCAGGUCGCGGGUAUGGUAACUAGCGCAAUGUAUGGAGCGGGCAAAUCGAUUCCUCUUCUCGUCCAGAGAGAUUCUAUCGACUCCCUUGAACCUGCGUAUUCCUGUUCCGCUGCAGAUACUCUGUACUCAGAUGCGCAAAACCAGCCCAACUCGACAUGGGCUGCGCAUCUGAAUCGGACCCAGUCGCUUUUCAACACUCUCGAUAGUAUCUCUGGAGUUUCACCUACCGCUAGUGACUGGCACGUAAGCUACGAUCAUUACUUCGACAACCUCUCCGCACGCUUAUGUCACAAUAAACCUUUACCGUGCAAUAUCGACGACCCUUCCAAAUGCGUCACGGAAGCUGAAGCAAACGAAGUAUUCCGUCUGGGCGAGUUUGAAUACUCGUACCAAUACCGUGAUUCAGCGACCUCUCUAGCUGCCAGUACGGCUUCCUUCGGUGUAUGGAUAGGUGAACUGGCACAGCAUUUCCGAGACCGCGUGAGUGGUCAGAAUGCUAAAAUGAAAUAUCGCCAUAAUGUCGCGCAUGAUGGGAGCUUAUCCAGAUUGCUAUCUAUCCUACAAGUUGAGACGAUGGUUUGGCCAGGUAUGGGUGCCGAAGUGGUUUUCGAACUCUACAAGAAAGACGUCUCUGAAGGAGAGACUGGGUACUUUGUCAGAGUCCUCUGGGGCGGGCUGGUUCUGCGUAGCUCGAAUCCUGACUUGGGAACUUUGGAUAUGAUCCCAGUGGAGACUCUUUUGGCUUAUUUUGACGCUUUGGUUGGUCCGAAGGCGCAGAAAGUGCCUGGUUUGUGUGAGUAA